AUGAAGAAGCCAGUGUGGGUGAUGCUGAGUUUUAGCCUCACAUGCUUUAUUGCUUAUACAGAGGGCUUGUAUGCCUGUUUAGCCAACGGGACGACUCGCUCCUUCUUCUGUCUUGGCAACAAAGUUCGUCAGAUGCCUCAGAGUAUACCAAACAAUACCACCUAUGUGGAAAUCAAGCUGACUCAGAUAAUUGUGUUUCCAACUAGAUCCAUCUCAUCACUUCCUGACCUGAAGCGAAUAAUGGUGUCAGAAAAUGGUGUCCUCCAGCGGAUUGAAGCCUAUGCAUUUGCAAACCUAACUAACCUAGAAGAGAUAACAAUUACUAAAUCAAAAAACCUAGUCAGUAUGGAUAAAGAUACAUUCUGGGGACUCUCAAAACUGAGAUAUCUGACUAUUUCAAACACAGGUCUCACAGUACUACCAGAUUUCUCCAAGGUUAAGUCUGCUGCUCUAGAAUUUCUGUUUGACCUGGAACAUAACAUGAACAUUAAAGUGAUACCCAGCAAUGCCUUCAUUGGACUUACCAGUGAAAAUGGUACAAUAACUGAGCUGAGGCUGACGAAGAACGGAAUAACUGAAGUGGACAAAAACGCCUUCAAUGGUACCAAAAUAGAAAAACUGUUUCUCAUGGGAAACCAACAGCUGAAGUGUAUCCACAACUACGCUUUUCUUGGUGCAGAAGGCCCAGACGUUCUAGACAUCUCCCGAACUGCCCUCAGUUCCUUGCCAGAGAAUAUGCUGAGAAAAUUGAAGCUGCUGAUUGCCACUUCAGUCUAUUCUAUGAGAUGGUUACCCAAUCUGGAGAUAUUCGCUGAGCUCACCCAGGCCAACCUGACCUACGCCAGCCACUGCUGUGCCUUCAAAAACUUUAAGAAGAACAUGUCAAGGAAAAAUCCUCUUUGUAAUUACCCUGCCACUCGCAACCAGGAGCCAGACUUCUUCAAGGAGCACUGUAAAGAUGUAAUUGAAGUAACCUGCUAUCCAGAACCAGAUGCCUUCAACCCCUGUGAAGACAUCAUGGGCUUUACCUUCCUGCGGAUCCUCAUUUGGUUCAUCAGCGUUUUGGCCGUUGUUGGAAACUUCAUCGUUUUGCUAGUGCUCCUUAGCAGCCGUGCCAAGCUGACAGUGCCCAGGUUUCUGAUGUGCCAUCUGGCAUUUGCUGACUUCUGCAUGGGCCUUUACUUAAUGAUGAUUGCUGCUGUAGAUGUCCAAACCCGCUCACACUACUACAACUAUGGAAUUGAGUGGCAGACUGGUCCUGGAUGCACCACAGCAGGUUUUCUGACAGUUUUUGCAAGUGAGCUUUCACUAUUCACGCUAACAGCUAUCACGCUUGAGCGCUGGCACACUAUCACAUAUGCAAUGCGUCUUGAGCGGCAACUGCGGUUACACCACGCAUGUGGAGUCAUGGCAUUUGGUUGGCUGUUCUCGAUUCUUUCUGCUCUGAUGCCCAUUCUGGGUGUUAGCAGCUAUAUGAAGACUAGCAUCUGUCUGCCUAUGGAUGUGGAGACAGUGCCAGCACAGUGUUAUGUCAUGCUGCUCCUAAUUCUCAAUGCGGCAGCAUUUUUGGUUGUAUGUGCAUGCUAUGUGAGCAUCUAUGCCACUGUGCGGCAUCCUGCCGCAGUUCCCGCCAGUGCUGAUGCCAGAGUAGCCAAACGCAUGGCCGUUCUGGUAUUCACUGACUUGCUCUGUAUGGCACCAAUUUCUUUCUUCGCCAUAUCAGCAGCUGUAGGGCAGCCCCUCAUCACGGUGUCACAUGCCAAAGUGCUGCUAGUAUUCUUCUACCCCAUCAACUCAUGCGCCAACCCAUUCCUUUAUGCCUUCUUCACCAAGAGCUUCAAACAGGACUUCUUUGUGCUUGCCAGCCGUUUCGGGUGCUUCGAGGCACGUGCCCGUGUAUACCGUACAGAGACAUCUUCAUUGCAUAAUGGUAUUAGAGGGGCAUCACCAAAGACAAGUGACGGGACGCUAUAUUCACUGGGGCAGAUCGUUCACCCGCACUGACCCUCAUUACCCCCAGUCACCUCCACUGAAACAGAACAACCAUAAGCUACUCAAAUCUCCAUUUGGUCUCUUCAACCUGGUCUCACAAAAAAGUUUAAUCUAGCAGGAAUUUCAUUUCAUGUACAUCAACUGCUUUGUCCUGGUCAGAGUUGUGGCAGGCCUGGUUUUCCUGAGAAACACUGUCUAUAAGGCAAGAAUAUCCUGGACAGAGCAGCAAUCCAUCACAGGGCUUCAACCAUUUCCCCCAAAAAACAUAGUCAAACAUGUCUGUGUAGAUGCCUUGGCCAGUCAAUAGCACAACAGAGAUUCGAUCCAGAACUGGGCUAGCAUAAUAGGUCACCGCAUCACCCAAGCACACAAACAGAAACAACCACAAAUCCUGUACCAUCAACAACAGUUCAGAUUGUAACUUUUUAUACUAAUUGCAGUUGUGAGACCAUGUUGCUGCUUUUUGCUGCUUGGACUUUUUAAAAGAAAUACAAACAGAAAUAAGGAAAUGAAUGUAACACAUUCUUGCUGUGUACAAAUUCUGUAAUCAUUAUUAUAAACAAAUAAUAAUAAAUACUAAACUAUGAACUAAUAGAGUAGCAAUUAAAAACAUUUUUUUUUAAACUGUAUUAAAUAAUGAUGUAAUAUCAUGUUUCAUUAUUUGAAGUGUUGAGCUCCUUCAGGAAUGAUUAGAUUCCCCACUGAAUGAAUUAUGAACACAUAGGUGUGAUGAAAAUAUUGACUCACUAAUAAA